AUGCUGGGGAAGUACGGGUUCCCGCCGGGGAUCCUGCCGGCGGGCGCGCAGGGGUACACGCUGGACGCCGGCGACGGGUCGUUCCAGGUGACCCUCCCCGGCGACUGCGUCGUCGACGUCCAGGGGUACAAGCUCCGGUACCGGAGCAACAUCUACGGCAACGUGCGCGCCGGCUCCAUCGACGGCCUCGACGGCGUCAGCGUCAAGAUCGCCAUCGUCUGGGUCGGCAUCCACGACGUCGAGGCCGACGGCGGCGACGUCACGUUCCACGCCAGCGCCAUCUCCAAGUCGUCGCCAGCCGACGGAUUCCAGACCAGCCCCAGCUGCCAGUGA